AGUAGUGUUCUAGUUUCUGUAGGGAGUUGGGACUGUUUUGUUGUAAGAUUGAAGUUGGUAUUGACGGAUAAGGACUCCUUGGACUUUGUUGACAACACUACUGUGCUGAACAGGUGUAGGGAGAGUUGGCUAGCAGUAAAAGACUCUUUAACCCACCACCCACCUGGUUCUCAAGGCUGGGCACCCAGUGUCCUGCUCUCGUGUCAUGUCGUGUGUAUUUGUGUAUGUGUGUUUUGUGUGGAUAUUUUGGGGUUUGUGUAUAAUUAUAUUAUG